AUAAUUUCAAAAACAAAAACUUCGCAAAACAUUGUCUCUUGCGCUGCUUACUCCCACCUGCCACUGGCCAAUGGGUAGCUGGUCCGUGUUUGCCAUUUCAGGCAAACGAUGCUUCAACAGCAUUAUUUACCUCCACUCACGCACUUCACACUGCACGCUCCUAUAGAAUUGCCCACUCAGUCUAUCGCGCUAGUUUGCCCCAAAUCCAAAUCCGGCGCACAGCCUACAACUGUAACGUAGUGACUUAAACGGUGCGACGUAUCUGUGAUUUUUUACGAUUUCAUUCACAAUCCGCUAGUUGGUGGUUGUUGUAGCCGUCUUUGUGACGACUGUUGGCGUGAGUUGUUGGCGCGCGUUGUUCCUAGUUUUGGGAAAGUCAACUUGUGACGCCCGUAAACUGACACUGAAUAUCACCUCCUAUGUGCCGGUUAAGGCAUCCACGCAAACACAGCCAAUGAUCCAAAGUUGGUCGUAGCGGAGGCCAACUGCCAACCGUUUUACCUACGCCAAUAUUGGCUGCAACAUAAUUGGAACAUUUUGAUGACUUCACUUCGACUGGCUGUGCCCGAACAGCCGAUAGCUCGCCCGCUGCAAAUAUUGCUUUAAUUUUAAAUUCAUUAACUUUUUUGGACUGUAGAACUAUGUCGCUCUAUUGACUGCACCAGACGACGAGGGCGUUUUGUCACGUUGCCUCGUAUUUCCUAGUUGAGUCUCGUCUGCAAGGGUGGGGUAAAUAUUUGGUUAAAUUUGCUAAUUCAAUUUAAAAACUAGCGCAGAGUAUUACGCUUCCAAAUGUAUCCCCUUUCUCAAGCGACCUUGCAAGAAAUAUUGCCGUCUAGAAGUUUUCGCCAAUUGCGUCGCUCAGCCACGGAUGCCUACUAGUUAAGCAAAAAACUUAAUGGCUUGAAAUACCUGAACGUGUGCGUAUUUUUAACCCAUUCGUCGUUAUUUUUGGUUAUUUCUCGAAUUGGUCAGUCUCACAUAUGGUGGUGCGGUACGCCAUACAAUUCGCUCGAAACUAAAAACACAUUUGCCGCCGCUUUCAUUAAGCGACUACAAAUUUCUUUUCUUAUUGUUGUUUUCGCACUUUUGGCAUUUAAUGGCACUUAUCGCCACAGACCGGUCGUCAGAUGCCGGGCAAUGAGGGGCAGUUGGUGAAGAUGGCGUUGGUGUUUGCGGUGGCGACGCGCCAAUGCGCCGAGCAUUUCAUUGCGGACGUGCAGGCGGUUUAUUUUUAGUCGCCAACACACUCAUUUCACUUAAAAUAACGCACGCGAUUGUCGGCAUCUUGCCGCCCCCCACCGCUCACUUGGCCAAGUGCCAUAAUUGCUGGUGUAUCCAAUUAAAGCGCGUACCGUGAUCGGCGCGAGCGUACGCCGCUGCCAAUAACUGAAACGACUCAGCGCUGCCACAUUACAACCAAAUAUCAAAACUGGCGAGCAUUCGUGGAGGUGGAUUGGUGUAGAGGCGACGCUGAGGGUCAUUCUCCGAGCGUCGCGUGUGGCAAAUGAGCUGUGUUAUACGUAUCGAUCUACUUUUGGCUUGAUUUUACAAAGUUCGAACAAGCCAAUUAUGGAAAAACGCCGGCGCGCUCGCAUCAACAAUUGCUUAAAUGAGCUGAAAACGCUGAUUCUGGACGCCACAAAAAAAGACCCCGCGCGUCACUCUAAACUAGAAAAGGCUGACAUUUUGGAGAAGACCGUGAAGCAUUUGCAAGAACUGCAACGCCAGCAGGCUGCUAUGCAGCAAGCCGCCGACCCCAAGGUCAUCAACAAAUUCAAGGCCGGAUUUGCCGAUUGCGCCAAUGAGGUUAGUCGGUUCCCGGGUCUGGAUCCUGCUGUCAAACGGCGUCUACUUCAACACCUCAGCAAUUGCAUAAAUGGCGUUAAGUCCGAAUUGCACCAGCAUCAACGCCAAUUGGCAGGCGCUCCAGCUCAAAUGCUUCCGUCACCACCAAGCUCGCCCGAACAGGAUCAGCAGCAUCUCCAACAGCAACAGCAUGUUGCUGCUGCUGCUGCCGCUGCAGCUACUACCGGCCACCCCUUUCUUUUGGGUGCUCAAUUGCAACAUAAAAUGAAUGGAUAUUUCCUGCCUAAUGGACUCCAAGUGAUCCCCACCAAACUUCCCAAUGGUAGUAUAGCACUAGUAUUGCCACAUCAUCACCAACAGCAGGCGCAACAAAUGCCAACGCACUUGCAGCAACAACAGUUGAGCGCUGCUCAAGGCUCCGCGCUGAUGGUAAUGCCCACCCGCACCGCCUCUACCAGCUCUGCCUCCUCACACAGCUCAUCUGUCUAUGAACGCACCCUUUGUUCACCAACAAACAGUGUAACGCACUACGCGCCUCCAAGCCCCGCUAACUCCUACGAAGCUAUGGACUGCAAACCCUCAGUCAUUCAACACGCUCCCACACUAUCCCAACAACAGCAGAAUCAACAACCGCUCUCGCUGGUUAUCAAGAAGGACAUCAAAGUGGAGGAUGAACAGCCUUGGCGGCCAUGGUGAAGGGGCUGCCACCGUGCGUACCCCAAAAGAACUGGAAACGCCCCUUUUCAUAGAAACGAGGGCGGAUGUGAUGAAUACCAAAGCAUAAAAGCCGCUAAUGACUGGCUUGGCGCGGCACGGCAUUCGGCAGCAAAUUACGAUGGAAGCAGUUGAGCACAUUGGAAAGUCAAUUCCUGCUGUUUUUGCAAACGCUGACAUCGGUUUAACGGUCUAGCGAAACGGCAGUCACGAUUUAGACUCGGGCCCACUUGCCUUUGUGUAAAUGGCGUUGAAGUUGAAAAGACGCCGUUGGCUAACCACACUCGCUGCGUCAGCCUCAGUCAUCUCAAUCGUCACAGCGACAGUUAUUGUGUGUGACGCAUGUACCCCGCCGACUGAGCACGCCGAUAUGCAUCCAGAAAUACCAGCAGCAACAUGAUAAAAGCACAAAACCAUUGAACAACAGCACGUAAACAACUACUACCUCAGCAAUACAGGGGCGAAUCGCGAUUAGAUCCACCUCAGGGGUGCUUCAUUUCAAUAACUCAGCUAUCUCAUUGGAGUAUUACAAGUAGAGUAACUAAUAUUGGUGAAACGUCAAAGUUUUUAGUCAUUAAUUAUUUAUAAUUUCAAAUGCAGAAUGCAAAUAGUUUACGGUUUGCAAUUAACAUUUCUUAUUAUUAUAAGUUUCAAUUUGAUCACCUUUACAAAUUUAAUUUUGCACGUGUACAAAUGCACAAGUGUACAUACAUAGGUAUAAAACGAUAAAAUCUUAGAGGUCUUCCCAACUGGUAGAGUAAUUUGUACUUGGCGAAGUGCGUUAGUGCAUAAAAACAUAUACAUGCACAUAUAUUUACUUUUACAAAAUAUUCUACUUUUAUUUUAAAUAUAAAAUUAGAUGUACUUAUUUAUCUAGUUUGUAAGGAUUGCAAAAUUUUAGAAAAAAGAAACAAAAGAUAAAAAUAUUACCUGAGAAAGAAUAAGAAGGAAAAAAUUAUAAUAAAACCA